GAUCCCGGGCAUUUGGAAAAGCGAGAGAACUACGUGCAAGGAAUCUUGGUGAGGGAGACGCAGUGGCGGAGAGGAGGUGCUGGAGAGUCCCAUGUUCAGGUCUUGGAGUCAAAGGGAGAGUUGGGAGAUGAAGUCGAAAGGCGUUUGAAAGACGGGAGAAUAGGGGAAAGUUGACGGGUGAGGGGGUGAGGGUAUCAAAAUUAGUCUCCCGAACGGAGUAAAUCGGAGAGCAUUUGUAGUUUUUGAGCGAUGUGUCGGCGCCUGGGUCUCUGGACCCGAGAGCAGUUUUGGGGAAGAAUCUGGGUCCUUCUUGGGGUCCGAAGGACCGGAAGAAAGCAGUUUUAGGGCUGGAGUGUGGGGUGGGGGAGGGGCGUUCCAGGCGUGGAGCUCAGACCCACAGCUCUGGAGGCCUCGGAGGGCGGGGCUCGGCAGGCGCCGGGCAGCUGGACGUCCGGGUUCCCUUCCCCCACCUGCUCCGGGCCCUCUGCGCAUGCCCUGAGGGAGGGCGGGGGAGGUUGCUCCCUUUGGCGUGCGGAGCCUCUGGGGAUUGUAGUGCAAGCUCAACGUUAACGCACGUGCCAAGCGGCUAUUGGGCCCACAUUUCCCAGAAGCCCCUGGGCUAAAUUGUUGCCUGCCUGGAUGCUCAACGGAGAUCCGUGGAGGGGGCGGAGCCUGGCAGGAGUCGAGUUUUAGCAAGUUUUCUUAUGGCGCGCGCUUUGGGGGAAGCCGAGGGAGCGACAGAGAGGAGGGAGGCACCUUCCCAGCUCUUGGGUGUGCUUCCAGUCGGUUAGGAAGAGGGCAUGGAAAUAAAUAUACUCCCUGGGGCGCCUGGGAGGCUCAUUCAGUUAAGCGGCUACCUUAGGCUCCCGUCAUGAUCCCGGGGUCCUGGGAUGGAGCCCCGCUUGUAGCUCCGCAAUCAGUGGCGAGUCUGCUUUUCUCCCGCUCCCUCUGCCCCUCCCUGCCACUUGUGCUCUCUCGCUCUCAAAUAAAAUCUUAAAAAAGAAGGAAAAUAUCCUCCCUGUGAAAGAAGAGUCUCGGCAGAUAGGUGUCCUAACGGGGCUCCAAGGGCUCGAAUAUAAUGGGCAGUCAAUAGAUUAAAAUAUUGAAUGAAUAAAUGGCAGUUAAAUUCUUGGUCCUUAAGGUUAACUGUAGAUGGGCCCCAUGCAUAUUUUACACGUGGGAUCUCCUUGAGAAUAUGGUGAGAAUUUUUACAAGUCCUCAUUUUACAGAUGGGGAAACUGAGACCCAGAGAGGCAGUGUCACCUAAUUUACAAAGAUCAAACAGCUGAGCAAUGUCAAAGGCAGAAGUCAAACUCAGGUUUCCCUGCCUCCAGUCCGGGUCCCUGUACUCAGACCUGUCAUAUGUGACACUUUUGAAGAUAUGAGUAUUGUGUCUUAAGGAGGCAAAUUCACUAUUCAAGGCCACAGAGGCAAGGCACCAUGGUAGGAGGCUUGAAGAGGAAACACUCAGAUUUGGAGGAGGAAGAGGAGGAUGAGAAGUGGGACUGGGGUCCAGCAGGCCUGCGGAGCUACCAGCAAGCCCUGCUUCGAAUCUCCUUAGACAAAGUCCAGCGAAGCCUGGGCCCCCGCGCACCCAGCCUACGCAGGCAUGUCCUCAUCCACAACACCCUCCAGCAGCUCCAGGCCGCCCUUUGCCUGGCUCCAGCACCUGCCCUGCCCCCUGAGCCCCUCUUCCUGGGCGAGGAGGAUUUCUCCCUGUCGGCCACCAUCGGCUCUAUUCUCAGGGAACUGGAGACAUCCAUGGACGAGACAGAGCCCCCUCAGAAUCCAGUGGCUCCUCCAGGCCCCCAGAACGAAGUGCUGCCCCAGCCCGAUCCAGUCUUCUUAGAAGCUCUGAGCUCCCGGUACCUGGGGGACUCCGGUCUGGAUGACUUCUUUCUGGACAUUGACACAUCUGCAGUAGAGAAGGAACCUGCGCUGGCCCCACCGGAGCCACCUCACAACCUCUUCUGUGCCCCAGGGUCCUGGGAGUGGAAUGAACUAGAUCACAUUAUGGAAAUCAUUCUGGGAUCCUAAAACUUUGGGGGCUCUUUCCUCAUCUCAGCCUUGGUGGGCUGGAUCCCUGGAUGCAACUCUGUGUGUGUGUGUGUGUGUGUGUGUGUGUGUGUGUGUGUGUGUUUUGGUGGGGUCUCUAAGCAGUGACUAUGACCUCCUUCCCUCCCAUUUCAGGGUUCCACAAACCGUCUUGCAUGUGUGUGUGUGUCUGGUUACCUCAGCCUUCUGUGAAGGUGGGUCUUCCUGAAUUAAUUUAUCUGUUCCAAAUGCCUUAACGUGACUCUGUUUCUAGGAGUCUGAUUUCCCACUUCCCACACUUCUUCUGCCUUUCCCUCCAGUUCCUACUCCCCUUGUGACCACUGGGGCCUCAGGGAAGAUAAAGCUGGGCCUGUCAGAGGAUGACAGGGACAUGCUGCCUGGUUGCUAUGGGAACUCAGACUUUGCCUCUUGCACCUCAAGGGAGCAGGAGGGGCUUGCCUCCUCCCCCAAGGUUGAACCCCACCUCUGUGGCAAGACCCCAGUCCCAGCAGUCUCCUGAUUGAUAACCAGGCCGGACCACGUGCAAUAGGGUGGAAACCAAACCGCUCCAUGCCGCAUUAUUUAAAAGAAAGGCGGGUUUUUUGGUGGGUUUUGUUUUUUUUGUUGUUUGCUUGUUUGUAAUGACUUUUUUUUUUCUUUUUUAAUAAAAGUAUUUUGGAAGGGGUGGUGUUGCCUAAAG